GCAAAACGGACGAUUCCCGAUUCCACAGUCCCACAUGCAAAUGCCGCGGGGGGCCCGCGGGAGGGCGCCACGUGGCGCGACCCUCGAUUCCGGAGCCGGCUUCCGUGGCCCUCUUUGACCUCGUUUUCCGCCGGCGGAAGCUCGCAUCUUCCGACCCCCGGUGACAAAGUCAUCGUCGUGGCCAGGAGCGCGAAACAAGAGGAAAACGCAAGGCGGAAACGUACAAAGAAGAGGCAAGCCAAGCGAAUGCCACUGUACUCGGAAGAGGAUAGAUAACAAGAACGAGGUCAACAGUUUCUUGUUCGCGUUUGAUGUCUGAAGCUGAGCUCCACAAUGUCCCGAAGCUCAUCUCUCUCCCGGCUCGCUCCGUGACAGAACAGCAGGAGAUGAAACCGAUAUAAAAGAUCUCUCUCUCUCUCUCUCUCUGUCUUCCCUUCGCUUCUAUUUUGUCCUUUCCUCGCUCUCUUCCAGCUUUUUAUUCUCUCCUCCUCCCACGAGACAAAGCUGUGUCUGCAGGACUAUCCAGUGCCCAUCCUCUCUCUCUCUCUCUCUCUCUGAUGAGUUAAACCAGAGGUGGGCUGUGCUGUUGCCCUCAGUUCUGUUCUGUUCUGUUCCGUGUUGUGUCAUUCCUUGAAGGGACUCACGAGACUUCCACCACCGAACCGGGCGCCGGAGGGAGGCCGUCGACGACCAUCCUCGGCCUGCUGAGGGGAGAGAAAAUGGAGGGCUUCGACCGGAGGAGGAGGAGGAGGAGGAAGAGGAGCCUGAAGGAGCGGCUGGGGUUGAAAGGCAUGGGCUGCUGCGGCGGUCCGAUAUGGGGCUUCCGGACCACCACCAUCAGCGUCCGGGACGACGACGACGAGGGCGACACCGAGAUCCACCACCAGCUGCCCCAGCAGCCACCCCAUCAGAAUUCAGACCCGACCAGCCUAUCGGGUCCGCAACCGGCCUUCGACCCGAUCGACCGGGCCCUCGAUCCGGGUUGCGGCGUGGCGGAGGCGCAGCCGGCCGGGUCGGCCAUGAACCUCGCGGCGGCGCUGGCGGCGGAGCGGCAGUACAGGGCGGCGUCGCACGAGCCGGAGGGGGGGGACGACACCGCGGGCGGGGCGGGGGCCCGGCCGGACCGGACCGGGGGGCCGACCGAGCCGGGGACGCCGCUGAGGGUGUCGCUGAUGAGGCUGCUGGAGGAGACGGACGGCAGCGACGGCGGGGACGGGGCGGACGGCGGCGGCAGCGGCGGCGGGGUGGUGGGGAGCGACGCGGUGUGCUGCGUGUGCAUGGGGCGGAAGAAGGGCGCGGCGUUUAUCCCGUGCGGGCACACCUACUGUAGGGUGUGCUCCCGGGAGCUGUGGUUGAACCGAGGGAGCUGUCCCCUCUGCAACCGCCAGAUCCUCGAGAUCCUCGACAUCUUCUGAAUCCGACGGUCCCCCACGCGCGCCUCUGUGUUCGCGAUGCGUCAAUUUGUGGAGGAAUUUUUUAUUUAAUUUUUUUUCCUUUUUUUAUUUUUAUUUUCGAUUCUAUUGAUUUCAGCAAAAGUGAAAAAGAAAAAAAGAAGGAAAAAAAAAAAGACAUGAAUGCGUCGCGGGUGAAUUUGGUGUUACAAAGCUCGGGUUGGGACCAAUCCCCACCAGUUCAUUUGUGGGGAGGAGAUGUAUCGUUAGCCGUGUAAUCUGACCCAUGUUUGAAAAUAUACAAUUAAAUUGGAUUGAAGUGA